AUGCUGGAUCCUGGGGAAGACCCCGGUGGGGGCUCCCUGGAGAGGCCGGUGACUAGUCCUCAGCCUGUGGAAGAUUCUGGGCCUGGCCCAAGGAGAGAUGAGUCCCUGUCUGCCUUUAGACGGAGGAUUGUUGGGAAGCUGACACGGAUUGAUAAAGAGGAGGAGAAAUUGACGGCUUUGAAAGCGGAAUUUAGGAAGAAAAAGCUGAUUUAUGCCAAAGUUUUCAGCAAGAAGAGACCGGCUCUGAGGCCUGAGUUGAGAGACGUUCUUGCAAAGAAGAAAACAUCAACAGAAAUUUUUAUGAACCCAGAGUUUCUAAAACAAUUUAUUGAAAUGUAUAAGGCUUUACCUUGUUUGUGGAAAUUAAAAUGUUCUGAUUAUUCCAAUAGGCAGAAAAAAGCAGAGGCAUAUGAAAAACUAGUCAAUCUUUGUAAAACAGUAUGUCCCUCAGCAACUGUAGACCUUGUUAAACAUAAGAUUGCAAAUUUGCGAACAGUAUUCAAGAAGGAGUUAAAGAAAGUGGAGGCAUCAAUAAAAUCUGGUGCUUCUGGUGAGGACAUCUACAUACCACGUCUGUGGUACUUUGACCUUCUGAAAUUUACCAUCAAUCAGGAUGUAUGCAUACCGUCUGUAUCCCACUUUCCUGACACAUAUGAGAUGCAGCAAGAGGAAGAAAACACAAAUGAUAGCCUAGAAAGUGCUGGAGAAAGUAAAAACUUCUCCCAGGUUUGUAUUCGUCCCCAAAUCCAUGAAGUACUUGAAAUGCCCCAGCAAGUCUCUCCAAUUCAAAACCAGAAAAGACGAAGGACAGUAAAUGAAGAACUGAGCAGACAGCUACUUAAUGACGCAACUGCAGUUCUCAAUCAAAAAGAAGAUGAAUUUGAUGCAUUUGGUGUUACUGUUGCAGCAAAGUUACGCAAAAUGGAUGAAAAGCAAAGGCUAUUAUCAGAGGUUCUUAUCACUGAUAUUUUGUUCAAAGGAAUGAUGAAAAAACUCACUGAAGAAACAAGUAUUUCUCUUUUUCAAAGUCCCCACUAUUCUUGUCAAAUACCUGGUUGCUCCAAUUCUGUUGACUAUGCUUUUUCAAGUGCUCAUCAACCAACUUUACUACGACAGGAAUUUGUUUCCCUGAACCACGAGUAUAACUGUACUAGCACACCAGCUAGGGCAAGCACUUCUUUUUGUAUAUCAACAAUGCCUGCUUCUCAAGUAACAGAAACAUCACCUUACAAAGAAGAACAUUUAUAACUACUUUCUUCAAAAAAGAAAAACCUCAUGCCCUACACUUUCUACUGUGUUUUUACUCUGACACUAAUUUGCAUCUGUUUUAUUUAGAUUAUAAUUUAAUUUUUUAUUGUACAGUUUAUAAGUCCGGUCUUUUUAUAUUAAUGUUUAUAAAUACAUUGAUUAUCAUGGAUACCUGUUUUCCUUCUGCCAUUUUUCAAGGGAAAAUUAGAAAAUAAAGUAACCAUCUGACGGACCAAGCCAUGGACAUAAUUUCCAUUACCUCCUUUUAACAGUUAACUACAGUUUUUUGUAAGAAAAUUAAAUAAAAAGAUAGUAUU